AUGGGUGCAAAUGUGGUUUUGUUAGCUGUGUUGGCAGCUCUAACGGUGGCUCAGCCAUUCGUGGAGGCGUUGGCGCCUACACCGUAUGUUGACAAGUGGCACGUUCAUGUGGUUAAUGGGUUGAGCAAUGCGACGUUGUUUGCACACUGCAAAUCUAGAGAUACCGAUUUGGGAGAACAUAACUUAAAUCGUGGAGCUGAGAUUCAAUGGAGCUUUAAGGAAAACGUCUGGGGAACAACAUUAUUUUGGUGCUUCUUGAAAAAGCCGGGUGGCAGUGCCUCAUUUGACGUCUUCUGGCGUGAGGUUGACCAUCUUUGGCUCCAUUACAGGUGCACCAAUGAUGGAACUUGUAUUUGGACUGCCAAAGAUGAUGGGAUUUACAUAAGAAACAUUCCUGAUAAUCUUGAUGAACUGGUUCAUAAGUGGACCAGUUCUUGA